AUAUGAGCCUUCAGUGCAUGUGUAUGUACGAAUGUAAUGCACAAUGUUGCGUAGAAUUUGUGCUGACGUGUGUGUGUAUGUUUCUGAAAUAUUUGACUUUCCAAUGAAGCAUAAUUCAUAUAAAAAAUAGAUUAUACUAUCAUAAAUUUACUUAAAAUAUAUAUUUUCACCAUCUACUGGUUCAUCCAUUGAAUCCACUAUAACCAAGUUUAUAUCAAAACCUUUGUUUGUUUAAAUCCUCAACACUGACAAUUACAAAAAUGGCCGUUGGUAAAGCUGUUGUAAAAAAUGCUGAUAUGGAUGCACCAAUGCAAGAAGACGCCGUACAGACAGCUGCUGCAGCUAGAGAAAAAUAUGAAGUUGACAAAGAUAUUGCUACAUAUGUCAAGCAACAUUUCGAUAGAAAAUAUGGACGUACAUGGCAUUGUAUAGUUGGUAAACAAUAUGGCAGUGAUGUAUCACAUGAAGAACGAUCCUUUAUUUACUUCUUCCUCGGCGAUCGAGCAAUUCUACUGUUCAAGUCAGGUUAACUGAACACGGAAGUCCAUUUCGAUAGUUUAUACAACUGGUCAAUCAGUGUGAUGUUUCAACGACAAUAAACCAAGCCAUUUACAUGCAUCACAGCCAAACUGUUAAUUCUCUUCGUUUAACUUUAAAUUCAAAAAAAAAUACCGCCAAAAACUUAUCAAUGAAAUAUUGAAGAAAUCAGUGUUCAUAGCUUUAUGUAUCUGAGCAAAAAAACUUCUUUUUUUCAAUUUCGUAGGCUCAAAUUGUGUGUAUCUCUGCGUUAUUCUCCUUGUAAGAAGUGAUUUCUUUUUCUUCAAAAAUUGCAAAUAAAAAAAUGAUCAAUAAAUUGUUUGAA